GGCGUCUCCCGUUGCUACGAUGGCGGCGGUGCAGCCACGGGAGCGCGCCGUGCCCCGUACGGCGAUGCCGGGGCGCUGCAUGGAGCCCGGCGGGACGGGCGGCGCGGCGCUGUGGUGGCGGCACCUCCAGCGCCCGGCGGGACGCGGCGCGGGCGCGGAUCUCUGCGCGGACAGAGCUUUAGCAGUUCCCUUGGGAUGGGAUUUAGAAGAGGAACGGUGGGCACUGAGAGAAGGUCAGAGGCUGUGUCGGAGCAGAGCACGGAAGUAUUUGGUGGAGACAAACAGAAGGAGGAGAGCCUUUGAAGAAAGACGGAAGCAAAAAGAAGAAAAAGAACAAAGAUUUAGAGAACAAGUCUUGCAGCAAAGGAAAAUUAAAUUUUGGGAAACAACUGAGAAGUUCCAGCGUGCUCAUCUCCCUGCUUCCCAACACAAGCGGAUAGUCCAGACAAAAGCAGCUUUUCAGUUAGAAGAAGCUCUUGAACAAAUUAAAGGAUCAGUUUUAACAUCAGGAUUGUGCUUGCCAAGCAGAAACAAAACUACCUGCAGAACCACAGAUGACACUUCAUACUCAUCAGCAUCAAGCAAUGGUUAUUCGCAUCAGGAGCAGAUUUCAGCAAUGGUUGGCUUGGACAAAGCAAUGCAGGAGAGCAGCAGAACAAAAGUGGAUAAUAACCAACUUCUAUUCCAGAAAAAUCUGAAAGAAAUGCAGCAGCUGCUUGAAAAACAGCAUCUCAGCAACUUGGAGAAUUUUCAUAAGGAAGCCAAAAGGACAGACGGUUCAGAAAGCUUAUCAAGUCUUGACAGUCUUGAGGCUGGAGAUCAAAAUGGAAACGACACUCCACCGAGUGAAUCAUCUUUGACUACAAGUUGUGACCGUGCCCCAUAUAUUCCAGGAAAGUCGCAGAUUAGGAGUAACGAUAUGUUUUAUGCAGCCCCAAAUACUUCUAAAAACGUGCAUCUAAAUAAUUGUCAAAGAAAUUUAGAUUCCCAAAACAACCACAGUGACUUACCUACUGAGGACCUUUUAGCUAAACGCAACGUUCUAACUCUUGCUGAACAUACAAACGAUACAGAAGAGGAAUCACCCGCUUCUCACAGAUCUGGAAAAAUAGUUGCAGAGUUCUCUACUUCUGGCAAUCAAGAAAGCUCUGUAAAUAAAGCAUUUCCUUUUCAGCAAAAUCUAAAAGAAGAAAGGAACAAUUCAUCUUCUGGAGUUUGUAGCACAUCAGCAACCGGGCCUUCUGUUUUCAGUUCUAGCAAAGCCUGGGCCAGCCCUGAUUCUGUUCCAGGAGAAAGAGUUCAGGAUCUGACGCAAAAUCAGAGCUUUAAAAUGACCCCACAAAAAAGAAGCAAAUCUGUGCAAACCUCCACUGAACCUAUUGCAACAUCCAGAAUCUUAUUUCCUAAUCGGAGGUGUUCCUCUGGCAUUUCCAGCCCAGCUGAUGUGGUGCCAAAGGACAGGAACUUCAGCACGGAUUUUUUAAAAAAUAAUUUAGGAAAAGUGAUUGAAACAAAUGAAAAAAACAUUAAAUCUAUUGAUGACAUUGACCAAGGAUCAUCUUUACUUCAGGACAUACCAAAUGCCUCAGCUCUGUGCAACGUUAAGAAACAGAACAACAAAGAUGAAGAAAAGGCUCAUGUGGUUGAAACUAUGUCAUUGGUGUCUGACACAGAGCUGGGUUUUGGCACUCCUACACAGCACAACUCCCAGAAAAACAACAUUUAUGACAGAAAAAGAGCAAAACUGGUCAGAAGUAUCUUAAAGAAAGAGGCUAAAGCUGUGGUUAUGAACCACGGGAUCAUUUUUGGAACUCGGCCUGUGUCUUCUAUCAAAGACAGUUUAGAACUUGCAAAAAGCAAAAAGAAAAGUGCAGAAAAUACGAAAAACAGUAGAAAGCUAAAAUGGUGUGAUCAAAUUAACCAGAUAAUAGCAGAAAAUAAUGAAAAUUGCUACGAGGAAAGCACUGGUGAAAUAUCUUCUGCACAGCUUUACUGUGUUCAAACUGUGAGUAAUGCUCCUUGUGCUAAUUCAUGUGUGGGUGCUCACCCUUCUAACACCGUGCUCACAGAAAAUCGUCAUGAAAAUUCGCAUAUAUCCAAACCAAAUGUUAAUUCUGCAGAAUCAAAUAAAGAAUGCACCUCUCUUAAUAUGUUUAUGUCUACUGGAUCCUCUUUUCCUAAAAAAGUUUGGAUGGUAUCAAAACAUGAAGAAGGCAAAUCGCCAGUAUCCGGUAACUGUGAUAAAUUUCACGAAGAGAAUCAACACAGAAAUAAGGCAAAAAUAAUCAGAAGUCCAAGACCCAUAAGAGACCAGUUAUGUUCUGUGCCCAGGAGUAGCAGAGGCCCUGGCACUGCAGUCCGACUGCAGUCAGCCACUGAAGGCCGAGCAGCACAGGGGAGGAUGCUGGCACCUCAGCCGCCAUCUGCAUCUGCACCGGGGAGCAAACAUGGCAAAACCAGAGCCAGCCCAGCUGCAAGGCAGCUCCUGCCUUCUUCCCAUCCUCAAGAUACUACUACCAAUGGGAACUCUUUAAAUGAAAGGAGAGCCUUGUUGACAAAACAGAUCUUAAAUAAAAGCACACCAGGAAGCAGUGAGAGCAUAACUUGUAGUUCUGAGGUGGCCACUGUGCUGUCCACACCUCGCUGCAGCACAUCCUGUGAACCUCAGGCAAAACAGACUGGUUCUGUAAGCAGCGGGCCAACAACUGGCUGCCAGCACUGUUCUGUAACCUGCACUGAACAACGUGCUAAUACAGAAAACAGAUCACAUCUCAAUCGUAGCCCAACAGCUGAGGAAACAACUGCAUGGAAAGGGGCGCGUGUUGCUCUCACUCCCAAGGACACUGCUGCUGGUGUUACUCAAAAUCAUAUGUCACAUUACAACAAUUCACAUACAACUAAAUGCCAGCCUUGUAAAGCUCCUGUAUCCCAUAUUCCCACUGGGGACAGCAGCCAGAAGAGUUGUUGCAAAGUUUCUUCUAGGAUGAACAAAUUGGGCUUUUUCCAUGCAAACAGUGUUGUUCCCCUUACAAAACAAAGGCAGAUUUUUAACAGCUUUGAAAACAAACAUGGAGUUUUUACAGAACAGAGAAGGCAAACUGUAGAUUCUAAAAGAUGGCAGCCGACUUAUCAUACACAGAAUUUGUUACGUGCCGUCCAGCUGCAUCCUGUUCAGUCUGCAUUUGAUCCAGCACAAAAUAGGAAUUACACCUAUAAGUCUGAGGAAGUUUCAGAAAGCACUGCUCAGUUUCUUAUGGCAGAAAAACUAACAAGUACAGCAGCUGUAGAAGAUGAAAUCCUAGCAGCUAUGGGAAGCGUGCAACCAGCCAGACAGCCCCUACUGUGUAACACAGCUCCACGUCCAGGCACGAGUGCACUUUCAUUAGAAGAAGAGAAGAUUUUCCAGUCUCUUGAUCGUCUCAAUCAAAGGCUACAAAAUGUUCAAGAAGCCAUUACCAGAAAUCCAGCUGUCUCAGAAAUUUUACAGAAAACCACCCCUUUUUAGGCAGACUUGGAUGGCUGAUUUGUGACAAGGCUUUCUCCCACAAAUUCUUCAUCUACAUGACUGCAUGAACAACAUACAAACACUGCUCACGCUGCCCAGUCUCUCAAAGUUCUCUGAUGGACCUUUAAGAGCCUUCUUUCCCAACAAGUGUAUACGAGUAUAUACGUACUUCAGCAUUGAAACAGGUGUGUCUGCCUGUAGAUACAGAUGCAGAUCUCAGGUACUGGCUUGGAACUAUUCUGGAUGAUGAGUGAACAACUUUUAUGCAAGUUCCCAGCUGCAGAAAACAGGUAACUGAGAUUUUAUCUGUUCUAAUGCUAUGAGAAGCAAUGGAAUUUUUCAGUUUUUUCUUCACUGAGAGGACCAUCUUCUUCAGCUCUCUUAGUUUCAGAGCAUCCAGAUAAAGAACGGAUAUUCACUCAGUAAUUCAUAUGAAUAGCAUUAUGCCUUGUAAAGCCAGCAUUUAAAUCCAGAGGGUGGACAGUUGUUCUCAUAUAAUUGAAAACACAUCACGUAAUAUCAUCAAAAGAGGUUUCUUGUUUUCUGUUUUUACAUUUGUAUUUCUCAUCAUUCUCCUUUUUAUAGAGUAUUCAGCAGUACACAUCCUCUCCUUUGGUGAAUACUGCAGUAACCUCACAGCAGUACCAGAGUACAUCAGCUGUAGCAGCUGCGCAGGAAAUACUGUUUUCAAAAAGCUGCUAUGGGAUAUUACAGCUUUAGCAUUUUAUAUUUAUAUUAUUCGACACUGUAAAAUUAGGCACAUAAUAAAGAUGAAUGCAGUAAUUUAAAUAAUAAAUGUUAAUUGAUUGGUAAGCAUUUUAGGAUAAUUAAGUCUAUUUUACUUUGAACUUUAAAGUACUGUAUAUUAAAAGAAUGAAAAUACCUCAUAUUUUCAGCAUUUGUGUUGGUAGUAUAAAUUUCCUGUACCCGUAAUUAAAAUGAAAGGGGAAAAAAAUCGCUACUAAGAUGAUGUGUAAACUGUUCUCCUCAUUUCCUGGUAUUCUUUUUUUAAGAUUUACUAAUAUAUUUUUUCAGAAAAUAA